GUUGACCUCUUCGGGUUACAAGCGGCUUGCCCCCGCCCUUUGCCCGGUGAAUCCAGAGCACCGGAGAUGGUUUUUCGCCCGUCAGCACCUUCGAUGCUGGAAGCAGUUGUUUGAAAUCAUGGGCAUUGAUCCUUGGAUCUACCUCCUGAAUGGGGACGCCCGUGGCUCCCGAUAUCGAUGUUCGCAGGUGGAGGAGAUUUUCCGGAGUCCCCCAAGGGGAACCACUCCCAUGGAUCGGACGUUGAAUCAGGUACUUCAGGAUUUUGCUCCUGCUUCAACGGGCAAGCCGCUUCUCAUUCUCGCCUUGACUGACGGUGAGGCAAACGACAUGAAUGCCUUCAACCAGGUCCUGGACAGGAUUCAGAACAUGGUAUAUGGCGAUGUGCAGGUUUGUCUCAUGGGCUUGUCUCUUGUCAAGGAGGACAUCGAGUGGUUCGAGCAGGAGGAGUGCGAAGAUACACGGAUCCGCACUAUCGAAGCCUUUGAGGUUGAGAACAGGCAGAUUCAGAUGAAGGAGGUGAUGAAGCGGGAAGGUGGCUACACCUUUGCCAUGCAUGUUAUGCGGGCCCUUGUGACCAACUUUUAUCCUGCAGACUACGACUACGAGACACCCUUGCAGAAUUUCCGACAUCGGCUGUACAUUACCAUCCAUGGCCGGGACCGAUGGUGGGGGCAGCAAAAUCCUUUGUGGUUCCUGCUUUGCACCUCAGGCUUCUGCCCAGCCUGUUUCCUGGCCACUGGUUGCCACUGCUGCGGCUGGCUCCAGGGCAAUGACUGUGGGAAGUACGAAAUUCCUCCGUGCCUGGAGCCCUGUCUCAAGGGCGAAUGA